GCCUGGUAACUGGUCGGGAUAGAAUAAUCUGGUGAUAAUCGACUCCAUUUGGUUCCGCUUUGAGUCCCGUGACGUACACCACACAAACAAAGGCAGAAAAUGAGGCCUGGUGUUUUUAUCUUGAAGAGCACAAUCUCUACAAGAGCAUGUUCGGGUAGACAUUAAACAAAAGGUUAGUGAUUUAAUCAGUAUAGAUUAAAUCUGCAUUAUUCUACCUGUUUGGCUGGACGAGCCUCUCCUGCACUUAUCUUAUGGGUUGUUAGAUAGGUCUCUCUUAAGUGCAGGCCUUUAGCCAUCACGCCUCUGCAUUGCUUAAGAUGGUGCAGGUUUAAGUAAACAGUGGGGGGCUUUGAGCGCUCUAUGUGAAGUCGUUGGAGUAUAAAUGUUUGGGAGGAUUUAACAUUUCUUACAGGGCUCAAACUAAGAUUAAGGCAUUUUCUGUUCUUGAUGAAACAAGGCUAUAGGUCAGCGCCAGAAAAUGUCAGCUUUGUAAUGCUAAGUACAAUACUUUAUUCCACAAAAUGCCUCUAUUAACCUGCUCAUCACUACUUCUCUUCUAUAGCCUGCUGCUGUCUCAGCUGCUUUUGAAUGUCUUUUGUUUUUAUUUUCUGUACAAACGGUUUUUAAAGAUGGACUAUGUGAAUGUACUCUGACUUGAGUCCCUCGAUCUCUUAAUUUUUGCUUGUUCUUUCUCACUGGCUCCAGCAGCAUUGGUGUGCUCAGUUGGUCAUUUCAGCUUCAAACUCCUUCUCUUUGUGCACUACCUUUCUCUCCUGCUCUGUCCCUGUGCUACAGCUCUGACCACUGCUGUGUGACUUGUAUGACAUCAGUGAUUCUGCUCACCUUUUCCUCCUUCCUACUUUUGACUGUCUGUGAUUUAUCUCUCUCUUUGCCUUGUGUCUCGUGUGUUCAUGCGUUCUCGCCGCUCACGCCGAGGAUGGGGGCCUGACUUCUUAAUGUUUACUCGAAUGUGUUUCAUCAGUGGUGCCGUGCUAGAUGAACAGAAUGUAAUGACAUGCUGUAUGUAUUCAUCAGAUUAUGACUUCCUCUUUUCUCGCUCUAUCUCUAUGUGUCUUUUGCUACAGCACAUUGCAUUAAGAAAAAAGCUUUCGUGAAUGCCUUUUUCCCCCCCAGGCUGCCCCUUUUUUUAUUUUUUAAUCAAACAACUAUGGUGAUUUGUCAACUUCAGGUGGAAAAAUAGACAUUAAUCUGGGCCUGUUUUGUUUCAAACUCCCAUUCAGUGCAGACCAGCCCUCCUUCCUCACACCAAGCCAUCGCAUCAAAGCCUGUGGCGAGCGGUUGGCUGGUGCCAAGGCUGUCCAUAGUUGUGUUGCUCUGACCUGUCUCUCUCUUUGGCCACAGUGAUCUAGACAGAGACUUUUGGAAUAACAAUGACAGCAGCACAGUGCAGCAGAGGUGGAGCUCCUAUCCGCCCAAGGAGUUCGUACUAAACAUUUCUCCCUAUGCCCCAUAUGGAGAUCCUCGCCUCACACUCAAGUGAGUCUUGGUCCAAGGUUGGUAAGAGACUUCCCCCUGAGCAGGGCUGUAACGAGGCAGGGGCAGUGCCACUCUCCCCUUUCCCUUCCCUCUUUCCUUUCCUUUAGUCCCUUCCUUGCAUUCCUCUCCUCUCCCCAUCCUCUUUUCUAUUUGUGCAGACACCACCACUAGCCACUCAUCAAAUUGAACUAUUAGAUGUGGAUGUUAAAAUGCCUGACAGCUUAUUAAAAACAACUUGUUUCAUAAUCUCGAUUUAUUUUUAUUUUCCCGAGGACAAAAUGUUCUCAUGAGUAACCAGGGAUUGUUAGCCAGAGGCCUUUUUGGAAAAAGCCCAUUCUAUAAAUGUCAUAGUGUUGCAAUAUACACAAGCUGCACAUUUUUAGACUUGUUAUUGUUGUAUAAUGCGAUUUCCAUCAACAAUAGUAAUAACGUCAACCAUAACAACCAAUGUUAGAGCACUGGAGGGCACAAAUGGUUACUAAUGAUUAGUCAUAAUCGGCUGGGAAAAUGUGAGUGUAGGAAAUGUCACACACGCACAUUACAGCGUCCCUGCGACAGCCAUUCGACUAUUACUGCAGCGUCAAAGCAGCACAGCCCUGUAACCUCCCCGGGCUAAUUUCUGCCGCUACUCCUCACAUCCCGUCACCUUCUAAUGAACACGGAGGCGCAUGUUCGGAUGCCCCCCCACUCCCUACAGCCCUGCCGGUCCCACUAAUAUUCCCUGACCUCUAACCUCUCACCUCUUUCCCAUGGGGCUGUAACCAUGGAGACGGACAACCCUCGUAGCUUCCCUCUCCAAAACACGUGUAUACUUUAACCCACCUUCUCUGUAUUCUGUGCAUCUCCCUGUCCUUUGCCUGUGUGAACUGAAGUUGUUGUUGUGGAGGGUUGACCGUUAAACCAGGUUGCAGUGUGGUGCCUGUGUUCACCUGUGGUUCACAUCCAUCUCUGGCUUCUCUCUGAUCCCCAUCAACCCAAUAUCUAACCUGUAUUAACAUUGUAGCACUGCAACUGUGUCUACUGUCCAUCAUAUUGGGAGAUAAGGUAACAGUGUUUUUUACUUGAUGCAAUGAAAGUCAUUUUUCCACUCACUAGGCACUUGAAUCCAAUAAAGCCGUAGCAAGGUCAUACCUAUCUCCCUCCGGGCACCGACAAGGCUGUAAGCUUAGACAUCCUGCUACCAGGCAUCUGUCUGAUAAACUGUCUAAUAACUGGUCAUCUUUAAUAGACCUAGCUGUUGAGGACUGGGUGUUAAAUUGCCUGCAGAGAAGGAGGCAGCGGCGUGCUAAUGAACGGAGGUGGAUAUAUGGAUUGCUGUCUGAAAACUCUGCCUGAAGAUGAUGGCUGCUGAUCUCAGAAAACCAGCUUUAGACCGGAGUGAUCGUGUUUGAGAAGUUAAUUUUUUAGAAAACCCACAAGGUUGUCAUUUAUUGUCCAUAAAGCUGUUUUUCAGCAGCUCCUGUCUUUCCAGCGGUAGAAAAAUAAAUGAAUUUUCCACUGCAGUAAUGGUAAAAUGAGCUGUUCUAUCAGUAGUGUGUGUGAGCCUGUAAUAAUUCUGACUUUGUGACUAUAUUUGUGACUAGGAGAGACACCAACCAACCAAUAAUAUGACGCUAAAGCCAACACACAGCUGGGAAUUAUUUCCUACUUGAGAUUCUCUGGAGAUCAGCAGCUUUCAAUCUCUGUAAUGACGCUGGGCCUCAUUUAUCAAACAGGUUACCUACCCUGCACGAUCAAUCUCCAUGUUUUAAGGAUUUAUUAGAUUGGAGGUUCAAUACUAUCAUUUUUCAAUAUUGAACCUGCUAUAUAUUUAAUGUCAACACCAGUUAGGACGAUUUUAAAGUCAUGGUGACAUAAACACACACCAUUUUUCAAAUUUACGCAUCAAGUAUAUUAUACUUCAUUUGAUCAGUCUGACAGCUUCGAGAUGAGACACUGUCAAAAGAUUUUGUGGCUAUAUUUCUUUUGUAAAUCACUCUCUGUGAAGUUCAGUCAGAAAACAGGAUUGAUAUCUGAAAGCUAUAUUCCUGUAAAUACUCUCAGUGAUUCAUGGUCCCACUUAUUUCCCACCUUUAAUAAAGAGCAAAGACGUUUACCUUGUGCUCGAUAAAUGAGGCCCGCGUCUCUCGUGUUGACCGUCGCUUCAGCAGUGUCAUCCAUGCUGUUGUUGUGAUUGAUGACUUAUCCACAUUCACCGUCAGGUCAGUUGGUCAGAAUUAAAUGUGAAAGGUGACCUUCGAAGGGAAGUGAUGCAAGUGUAGCACCCUCCCCCCCGACCCCAUGCUUACACACCAGAUGACAGUGUCUUCUGUGCCUCAUAUUUUACGUCUCCUGGAGCAGGAGCAUCAUGCAUAUUAAUGAAAUGUAGUCAUGUCACCAGAGGGCACUACUGUGCUUUAUUUUUGAUCAUCACUGCUUUCUGAGCAGAUGUGACAUUUUAAACCUAAAAACCAGUUUUUGAGAGGAAAUCUUAGUUGGCAAGUGCUCUUAAUAAGUACUGAUUCAUUUCUGUACGUUUUUACGAGGUCGAUAUGAUUAGAUUGCCCUCGUGAUCCUUUCUUCUGUGUGGUAAAUGUAUCUCACUACUUCCUGUUUACUGUUAUUGAUGCUAAGUGGUGAUCAGAUGACAAGCAGAACUUUAAAACAUGAAAUAUUGCACAUUAAGAUCUAAAAAUAGAGUGUAAUUGAUGUUCUUUACAGGAACAAAUGCAUUUGUAUUUAACCGAAUGUCACGUUGGAUGACUUCCAAAAUGAGUCGAUUAUUUGCUCAUGAGGCACUUCAGUACAAGCCGUCCUCCAAUUGCUCUAAGUUGCCACCGCUGAAUUGCCUUGUAGCACAUCUCUCAACCCAAAUGCCUAAAUGAAUGAGAGAAUGAGGCCUAAAUGACCAGCGUCCACACACUGUUGCCACUAGUGAAUGCUGGCAGCUGUAGUAUUGGUCCUCCAGGCCCAAAGGAGUGACUCCCUGCUGGUUUUCCAUCCUCCACAGGCUCCCUGUAAAUUCUCCUCCUCCUCCUCUUCCUCCCUUAUCUCCUCUCCCCCGUCCCUCUCUUUCUCCACACUGGACUCCACACAGACCUUUUUCGUCCUCCUGCCUCUCACUUAGCCUGGAAAACUAGACCUGCCCCCUCACACACUCUACUGAUCUGUCUCACCUCCUUAGCCAUGUGGUUACUCAAUCUAUUUUCCUGUGUGUAUGUGUGUGUGUCUUUGUCUGUCUUUCUCACGCUCUUUGGUCUUUUUCUCCUCUGCCUGUCGUUAUUCUCCCUCUUCUAUACCUUCUGUCUGCUGUGGGACCUCGGCACCCUGUCUCUCGCUCUUAGUGGGGCAGUGUCAGGGGGUCAGAAGGGGGCAGCAACUGGGCAUGGGGAUGAUAGGGUGGGUCCUAAUCGCAGUGACAGCGUGAAGAGCAUGGUGACAGAGGGAGUGAAGGCCGGGAGGUGGCAGACCGUCCAGGGCCACAUGCAGUCCGGAGGAUUGAGACCCAGCGAGUGAGUUCAGAACCGGGUAGAAAAAAACAACAAACUUUUAGUGAAUGUGCAGCAGAAUAAACACCUUAUUACAAUGCAAAUGUUAUAACGUACAAGUUUUCACCUCGACAGCAGCAGCUAUGAUUAGAUGAAUGAAUCAGCUCUGAGUAGAAACAAGGGGAGUCAGGUCAAGUUCAGCAGGGAGGAAAGUGCAGCUCAGGUGUCAAGGUGAGCACAGGUGUGGGCACAGAUCAUGGCGUUAUCACCGGGAUGUGUGAACUCUCGUCGUCACGAGAAGAUAACAAUAGUUGCUCGAGCUGUGUCACACUGACUCAAACCUUCAGUCGGCCCAGCUGCACAAUAUAGCCUCGUGUAUGAAUCUGCAGGAGAAAAUGAUUUAUUUAUGUGAGGAACUGCUCUGACUGCAAGUGUACUUUCAAAAAAAUGAAAUACAGAAAUAGUCUCGUUUUCACACACUGACUGAAAUAAUGCCUCAUAGCGUGCCAACCCGCCUUAGUUUUAAUUAAGAUUUAGGCUGGAAUGUGAGCCUCAUGUUGAGAACCGACUGCAUGUAUCCGCCAGCCAUGACGUAUGACAUAAGUCAGGGUCUAUAUUCAGCGUGUUGUAAAUGAGGCAGUUCAUUUUCAGUUUUCUUGAUUUUUUUUGCACCUUCCUUCCGUUGGCACCUCGUGCCUGUGAUUUCUUCCUCCAAAACACAUUUACACUCAUCUCUACCACACUCCUCAUUCCCUCCUUCUCUCCUCUUCUCAUCUUUCUUUUUGCCCCCUGUCUAUAAUUGGAUUCUAUUUUCAGGCUGCUAUAAGUGUCUGUGUCUCUUGUGUUUGUGUCUCGCACCCCAUUUUCUGUCUCUCCUCCAUCGUCACCCUCUGCUCUUAUCGUUCCCAUCGCUCCCUCCAUCUUUCUGUCACUGUGUGAAGCCACUCCUCUUUAUUCUCCUUUACUUCUGUUUUGCCCACAAACUGUUAAAUUUCUGCAAAACCUUCCAUUACCCUUUUUAUCCUGUUAUUUGUGACGGCUAAAUAUGAUGGACACUAAAAGCCUUGUGCGAAAUUAUGUUAGAUGAAGUAAUGCAGAGCAGCGUAAACGGCACCUAACUGAUGUGAAUAGCUCUCUCAUGACCUAAUUCUGGUAGUCUGGGUUACACAGCGAUCUGAAGGAGAGGAGGAUAUAUUUGGUGAGUAGAGAAAAAUAUAAAAUAGAUGAAACAGGAUACUGUAGAGCUCACAAAACACAGGUAAUGGUGUACGUGUAAGUAAGUGAUGACAUCCUAAAUAACAUGUAACAUUUGUAAGAAAGGCAAUGAGCUAAUAAAACAGCAUUUAUAAAGGGGAGGAGUGGAAAAUGAGCGGCUGACAGAGGGAGGGAGUCAUACUGUAGGACUUGGUUGGCUGUUGGGAUGUCCCUAGAGGUGCAGCAUGUGUUUAAAAGACGAAAAAGACUGUAAGAGACAGGAAGAGAGGCUAUCAGAGAUGGAAAAAGUUGACUGACGAGUAGAGGACAUGGGGAUCGCUCAUCAGACCAAAAAACCCUCGUCGAGAAGGCCCGGAACCUUGAAAAAAGCCACCACCCACAUGCCUCGACGCAGCCACGUGGCACAGAAUCGCGCCGCGCCCGUGCGGACAGUGCACAUCCGACCACUGCCUACGCGAAACACACCCUCACGCAAACCGCACGCUCAGACACGCAAGGUGCACGCACAUCUGACGCACAGGGCGGGCUCGCAGUCGGCACAGGGCUGCCCGACGCAGCCCUAUGAGCGGUACACGGCACACAGCGAUCACUCAGGCUGCACCUUCUACUGCUAUUUCUGCUACUGCUGUUACUGCUGCUGCCUCACGUUGCUCUCUUUCUCUCUCCUCCUCCUCCUGUCUCCACCUCCCAACGCUCCUCCCUCUUCCUCCUUCUCCACUUCGUCAUCAAAUGUCACUCUUCCUCCUUCCUCCUCCCCCUCCUCACGAUCAUCAACUUCCUGUUUGGCUGAACUUUUCUGUUUCUAUCCUGACGUCAACCUGACCUCUUCUGCUGUGUCUCCCUACUGCCCUGUGCCACCUUGUCUCAUCUCUGAUGAUUCUCUCCCUCUCUUCUACGUCUCAUCUCCUGACCCCACCACUUCUGACCAACUCACCUCCUGUCGCCACGGCUCCUCUCCUACAUCCACUUCUCCUCCUUCCUCUUCCGUGCCCUCUGACUCCUUCCUCCCUCCUCAUCAUCCUAUCCUCUGCCGGCCGUGGCCUUCUUCGCGCUCUCUUUCCUCCCUGCUCCUCUGCCCUCCCAGCUUUGGGGAUCCGGUCUUAUCGUACGCAUCCACUUUGGAGCACAUCCCCACCCGGCCUCGGACGCUGCUGCGCCAGCAGAGCCUCCAGCAGCCUCUCAUCCAGCCACCGGGCCCCAUUCUCGGUCACCCCCCCACCACAUCCCAGAGUUUGGGACAAUUACACACUGCACCUGGACAGCCCGGGGGAGGCGGGGGUGCUGGGAGAGGAGAGGGAGGUGGCGGCGGCGCCAGUGGUGAGGGUGGGGGUGCAGGUACACGAGGCGGUCCCAGGGGUGUACGGGGCAGCCCAGCAGGAGCAGGGGCCUCUCGCUCUAGGGGAGGUGGAGGUGGAGCAGGGCGCUCACAUGCCAAUCCUGGCAGCUGGGAUUACACGAUGGACCAGAUGCGGAAUCGAGGCCUGGACGUGAAGUCCUUCCUUGAAGGGAAGCUGGUGGUCCUGGCUUUGGCCAUUGGUGUGGCCGAGCAAGAUGACUUUGCCAAUAUCCCUGACCUGCAGGAAACAGCGCAGGCACCACCACCAGCCAAUCAGGAGCCCCCUCCUGAGAAGAGGGGCAACAAGCCAGCUAACAGCCCUAAGGGCCAACCCCCUGAUGCUGAUGGCCACUCCUCCGUAACUGACCUGGCCAACUCGCUCACUGGAGACAUGCUGUCUCCAGGUUCGGAGGAUGAUGACGGUGAAGGGCCCAUCAGUGAGAAGCUGGGCCGGAUCCAGUUCAGCAUAGGUUACAGCUUCCAAAACACGACCCUCACCGUCAAAGUUCUCAGGGGCCAGGAGCUCCCGGCCAAGGACUUCUCCGGUACCUCCGAUCCCUUCGUCAAAAUCUACCUGCUGCCCGACAAAAAGCACAGGCUGGAGACGAAGAUCAAGAGGAAGAACCUCAACCCCCACUGGAACGAAACCUUCCUGUUUGAGGGCUUCCCUUACGAGAAGGUGAGAGAGCGCACUCUAUACCUCCAGGUGUUGGACUACGACCGCUUCAGCAGGAACGACCCCAUUGGAGAGGUGUCAAUCCCCCUCAACAAGGUGGAACUGGGCCAGAUAAAGACCUUCUGGAAGGAGCUCAAGCCCUGCAGUGAUGGCAGUGGGAGACGAGGAGACCUGCUGCUGUCUCUCUGCUAUAAUCCCAGUGCCAACACCAUCACUGUGAACAUCAUCAAAGCGCGCAAUCUCAAAGCCAUGGAUAUCGGGGGCACCUCAGAUCCAUACGUGAAGGUGUGGCUGAUGCAAAAGGACAAGCGCGUAGAGAAGAAGAAGACGGUGACGAUGAAGCGUUGUCUGAACCCCAUCUUCAACGAGUCAUUCCCCUUCGACGUGCCCGCCCAUGUGCUGAGGGAGACCACCAUCAUCAUCACCGUCAUGGACAAGGACAGGCUCAGCCGCAACGACGUUAUCGGCAAGAUCUACCUAUCGUGGAAGAGUGGACCAGGGGAGGUGAAGCAUUGGAAAGACAUGCUCGCUCGGCCGCGUACUAACGUCGCCCAGUGGCACGCUCUCAAGGCCUGAUCGCACCGCCCAGCUCCCUCCGUGGCCCCUUCCCGUCUCCUACUCCACUCCUCUCUCCCUCCCUCCCUCCCUCCUCCCGUCCUUAUGCACAAGACUGACUUGCUGCCAGGCUGCGAAACACGGGUACAAUUAGCCAUCUGCUCUCUUAAACCUUUAAACUCUCUUUUUUUUUUUUUCAAGAUCUCUAUUCCACUCCGACUCUUCUCACUUCUUCUGUUCCCUCCCCUUCAUACGGCCGUGUCUUAGUUUUCAGUGUCUCGCCACUUUGCCGAUGGUCCCUCUGUUUCUGACUGUCUGUAUGUCUGUCUGUCCUUAUGCACUUUGCCUGUGGAGGUCCGAUGUUCAGUUUCUUUGUCGACCCCUUUGGUUCUGAACUGCACUGCAGCCCCCCCCGACCCAUUUAAGGUGCCAGUCCCGUGGGAUCACAGAGAAUCUUAACGAUCUAGUCUCAUAUAAUCCUAUUGUAUGACUAUUCCAGGUACACAAUACUAUACAGUAUGUACAAUAUGUACAUAUAUAUAUAUAUAUAUGAAUAUAUUAGGAAGAUAGAUUGGCAGAACUCCCCCUAUACACAUGAUUAAUAUACUGUGUGUUUUCCAUAGCCUGUCUGCUGUUUCACAUCUCUCCUGUCUCUUCAUUUGUUGCCUUGUCAUCUGUUUCAAGUGUACAAUAUCCUCUCCCCAUUUCAGUCCUCCCUCCUUUUACUCAAAAGUGGUUUAAUGUUCAGCUGAAGUUGUGGAAAGCAAUCAAUACUCGGUUUGUGAUGAAACCAGCUGAACUCUAGAUGAAAUUGUUGAUACCGCUGUCUCUUUUCUCCCUCCUCUUUUUUCCUCUCUUAUCUCUUUUUUUCCCCCUUAUUGUUCCCUCUUUCUCUUCCUCUGGCACAAUAUUAGUGUAUCCAACCCUUUCUGGACCCCCAACCCCGUCCCCCACCCUUGUCGUCUGUGUGCUGUGGGUGCUGUGCUGUAGCUCCAACAAAAAUAGAGAUUAAAAAGAAAAUAACUUUCCGAAGCUGGGAAAGCGGGAACACAAUAAACUUGUGAAAUGGAUCGCUCCUGAUUUUUCCAGACAAAAAGCCCUGACAUGGAGAGAGAAAAAAGAAGAUGAAAAAACAAAAAAAAAAUCCCCCUGUGAUACGAUGAUGUCAUUUUUCACAGCAUCACCAACUGAGGAAACCAAUUUAAAACCUUCCAAUUUUAAGACGAAAACAGAAGCAAAAAGUUUGCGCUGUUUGUGCACAUGCAUCCGGUUGCGUGUGCACACUUCUGUCUGUUUUAUUGAUGCUAUGAAUCCUUUGUGCUGCCCUGUGCCGUUGUCUUGUGCCGAUAGGGGGUUGAUCUCCUCCGACUGUAUGGUUAACGUGUGCCUGUUGUUGUAUGUGUGAGUGUGUGUGUUCACGGGAGCAACACGAUUCAGACUCGGCAGAAAUCUUCUUCUCUUUUCUCUUUCUCAUCUUGCGCUCUUGUUGCUCUUCUUACUGCCAUCGUUUCCCCCGUCCUCCUUUACUGCCCUGCCUUCCUGAACGAGGGCACAGGGAAGUUCUAUCUGCACUUUUUUGAAAAUGUAAUAACAAUAAUAAUGAUGAUGACAGUUUUGAUGAUGAUUAUAGUACUGGUGAAAAUUAAGGGAGGAGUAUCUGAGAGGGUGAGCAGCAGUUGGGGAGAGGAGACGUCCGCUCUGUGAUUUCAGGGCUUGGAGAUGAAGUGGAGGACACAGAGGAGCGAUGAAGGGCUCUCAUCCUCCUCUUUUUGUUCCUCUUUUUUCCCCUCUGUGUACAAGUGUGUGUGUUUGUAUGUCAGCUAGCAGACUCCCGGUGGCAGGCUGCUAGUGUCUGAAAUGUCAGGUGAGGAUGGAGAGAUCAGGAUCAUGGAGGCCGGCCAACACAACAGUGCUAUUACACAAUGUGUUGACCAACAGCAGCUGUGGUCAGAGCUCUAACCAAGAGUCUGGAUCACAGGUGCAGUUUGCGUUGGUUGUGUUGAACCCCCUGGUGGCUCGCUGAACCAUCGUGUGGCUCGCUGAACCCCCUGGUGGCUCGCUGAACCCCCUGGUGGCUCGCUGAACCCCCUGGUGGCUCGCUGAACCCCCUGGUGGCUCGCUGAACCCCCUGGUGGCUGUAGCCAAAAAUGCAUGUAGGGAUUUAAAUAUUAUCUAUAUUUUUAUAACAACACAGAACUAAUAAUUUAUUGUAAUCUUGGUCGUUUUAUUUACUUAUAGGACGUACUCUGACAACACUGAAUCCGCUAGAUAUGCACUUUAUGUUAAGUCAUUCGCUCAAGAUCAGACUGGAGAUGUAAGCAUUUAAAAGAUGGGUGACACUUGCUAUCUUUCUAGGUUUGUAGCCUACUCUUAAACAGAAAACUCAUAUUUUAUAUUGUGAUAUUUACUGGAACAGACAUACAGUAUAGCCAACAGCAAGUAGGAAACUUUCAGAUGAUAUCCCUCCAGCCAGCUGCCUCCUUAUUUAGGUUUUUGUUGUGAAAUGAGGAGGUAACAUAUAGAUAACUCCUCAUUGCAACCUUCGCAAAUCCGCCAUUCCUCAUCCAUUGCAAUGCUUUCAGCGCCGGCGACAGGAAUAAAUAGAAACGCAGUGUCUGACAAAAGUUCAACUCCAAACAUCGCACUGCGCAGUGCUGCGUCGCAUCUGAAAAUGCACCUGCUGGUGCCUGAUUAUUAAUUUUUGUGUAAACGAAGCGUCUGUUGUAGGCGACACAUUACAUUCCCUCUAGAUUUUUUAUUUUUGUGAACCCCCAACCUUUAAGUUCACACUGCGCCUAUGGUCUGGAUGCUCCUGCAUGAGUCCACGAUGCUGAACAAUCAGUGCAUAUCUGGAAACAGCGGGACAGAUUUGGUUUAACGCUGAAAGUAAACAAGAUAACUCUCUUGAGUUGUUGUUGUUGUUCCCAGAAACUAUGAACGACUGUGUAUCACAGACGGUGGGUGUGAUAUUAGAUGAUGGUCCGAUCUGCCGCUGUGAGAUACUGUAGAAGCAGAUUAGACAUUAUCUCUUCCCUGAGUGCUUGAGAGCACCACAGAGUGUACUGCUAGCUGCCCUGCUUGUCAGGCCCAUUCAGCUCAGCUCGAUAUUCCUGUAACGUAAAUAAAACAGUCACAAAGCAGCAACGUGAACACUGUCGGCCAUUAAGAGCUGCUCACGCAGACGUCUACUCUUCCUCUACUGUAACAGUCUGUCUGUCUGUUUUCACAUUUAUAAAGUCCUGUGAAGCAUAAUCCUGUCAGCUAUUCAGGAUUUGUUUUUUUAACUGGUGCGGCUUAGUUUUUAUGUCUAAAUGAGCACCUUUCAAACAUGUCUCAUGUUUGACUGACUUAGCAAGCAAAUAUAAUCAGUUGUUAGUGUUUUAGUCAAAGCAUCACUGCUCCUUUAAUGUAGUUCCUCCUAACUCUGGCCCCAUUCAAAUACAGAGGGCCCUGCAGUGGAUUUUAUUUUCUCUUAUCGUGCAAUAAUUUGAUAGUAUCUUAUGGUCUUGUUUUGAUUUAUGAUAAUGAUAACUUGAUCACCACCAGAAAGAUUAUGUAAUUGUAGUCUAAUCUGCAUCAGGUUAGUCCUGGUCUAGUGUCUCCAUAAGCCAGUCUGGGCAGCACACUGGGUGCCGUGAAUGUGUUCUGGGCAGAGUGUUUCGCGUGAGACUCGGUGCUGGCUGCUGUGAUGCACUGAUCCGGUCCAGCACCCUUCAGAACAAUUGGCCAGCCGUGGAACAGGGCCCACUGUUUUGACAGCCACUGCCUGCAGUGUCACAGCACAUUACACUCCCAUUAGGUGGUCAGAAAGGAGCAAUAUCUGCUUUCUUGGUCCUCGGGGACUCGCUUAUUUGCAGAGGUAAUACUCGCUAAGACAAAAACAAAAACUAUAAUGGAGCGCGCUCAUUAGUACGCAUGAAGAUGAUGGACGGGGAUAAAAGGCUUGUCAGUCAAAACGAGGAGAAUGAUCAGUGGGCGAUCGCUGCGUGAAGGCUGUGUGAAAACCAGACGUGGUUUGAAUGUGCAGGUGUGCAGGUGAUGAGUCAACACAAUACCUCUGCCGUUUCCUUUCACCAAGAUUACAUGCAGCUCAAGGAGUGAUAAAUUGCUAUGCUGCGAGGGUUUACAAAGCUCAGUCGUCAGUGACCCUGUAAACUGGAGGAUAUGGAUUUAUUUUUAGUAACACGAGGCACAGCGCGAAGUCCCUGAUCCUCGAAGGGAGGCUGGAGGGCUGCAGGCUUUUAAAACUACUUUUGAAUACAGACUUUUUAAAUGUUAUUUCCGAUGAACAAUGUUUUCUAUAUUUAAAAGUUAAAUGGGACGGUCAUCAAAUAAUUAGCCAGUGACACCCUGUGUCCUACCAAAUUACGCUCCCAUACAACUUAUUUGCAUCUGUUUCGAGGGAACAGUAUAUUUCCUACUGGAUUACGGUCACACUUUUAAAUAGUUUUAAACACGUGGUUAACGUUCUAAAUUGAAAUAAAACAAAACA